AUGAAUUCGUUUUCGUUAAUUGUCAUUUUGAUUAAUUCACCAUUGAUAUUUUCACAAGAAAUUGAUCUGGGUGAUCGUGAUGAUAGUAGAUGCACCACGGCAAAGUGUAUAAUCACAUUCAUAUUCUUAAUAUUGAUAUUAUUCACCAUCACGAUAUGUUGCUUCUAUUCAAUUCACAAGAAACGACAAAAGUUAAAAAGUAUAACGAAUGCGACCAGCAAAAGCGUUACGGUGGACACUACUACGAACGCUAUGUCACAGUCGGUCAGUAGCAAGAGCACGGAAUUAGAUUUGGAGAAUAAUUGGAUAACGGACGUUUACUCUAAUAAGGAUCUCCUUGGGUUGAAAAAGAAAUUUUAUAAUUUUGACAAUGAUUCUUUACAAUCGGUACGAUUAUCCCCGGAAGAUAAAAAGAAUACGUCCAUCACCAACGGGGCGAAAGGUGGUAACCUAAGUCAUGUCGUCGUGUCACCCCCGAACGCUUACCACCCGAUUUCCCCGAUCGUUGCCUCCCCACCAGCAAAUUCCACUCAUACCUCGCCACCGGUUAAAGAUUUAACAGCAAAGGCCUUGGAAUUUUUAAUCAAGAAUCCACCAAAGGAUGUAUUACCGAGUCAAGAAGAGGUUCAUUCCAUAUUUAAGGUGCAUGAAAAUAUUUAUUUAAAUCCCUACUCUUCGUGGAAAUUCGCCAUAGGGGCAAACGUCGUUGAGGAAAGUGGGGUGGUACAAAUAACAAAUUAUGGAAAGUUGGUGGAGAUAAAUACCAGAAAGUGGAGCAGCGUUACCAAUAACGUUUGCGUGCAGUCAAAUUAUCCUUUCUUCAUCCCCAAAUCAUCCACCAUAAGGAGGAAUAGUAUUUCCUCUACCAUUGAUAGAGCACAAGGCACCACCAACCCCAAUACGCACGUGAAAAGGAAUAGCAACAAGGUCAAUGAGGAUGUGAUGCAUUAUUUUGAGGUGACCGUCGUGUCUAAGGCCACUGACGUCGACACCAUCAUUUCCAUUGGUCUUUCAACGAAACCGUUCCCUUACUUUAGGUUACCCGGUUGGAAUAAGCAUUCCGUUGGAUAUCAAUCAAAUGAUGGUCAUCUAUACCAUAAUGAGAUCUCAUCCUCCAGAGAAUAUGGUCCCACCUAUAACGUGGGAGACAUAAUAGGGUGUGGCUAUAAACCAUCGACCAAAGAGGUGUUCUUUACUAAAAAUGGGAAUUACCUCGGUGCCUACGCACCUUCCAGGAACCCUUUUAUUGAACCCAAAGAUGACGAGAAUAGUUUAGAUCAUGUCUGGUAUCCUACGAUUGCCGCCAAUGGACAAUGUAAAUUAGAAAUCAAUUUCGGUGGUGACAUCGUAAAGGAUAUAUUUAAAUACAGAUUGGCAAGGAACUUUGGUCCCGGUGCCCCUCUUUCCAUCGUUAAACAAUUAAGGGGUGGUGAAUUAAUAGGUAGUUUUGAAAAAUGUAAAUCAGAAAACGUUGAAUUGGAACAAAAACGGGUCAAAUUUGUUGAAGCUCCCACGACGGAGAAACGAGUAAAACGAACUCCGCAUAGGCGUAGAACACCUUACGCUUGGGAUGAUCAACUUCGACCCAUAUUUAAUGAUGAGAAAGUUGAUAAGAAGGAAAAAGGGAAUAAAUAA